AUGAAUCGAAACAAGAAGAAAGAUGCUGACAAUCAACGAGAGCUGGACGAGAUCCUUGGCGACUACGAGAAAGAUCAUAGUGGAUUGGCCAUCCCGCAAACGAAGACUUUCGUUCGAUCCGACACCGUGAAUGCCAAUAAAGCGAUCUCCAAUGAUGCUAAAGGAAGCCUUUACAAGCCAAAUACAAACGUUUUCGACAAACUCGCCAACCAAAUGCUUUCUCAAGCUGCUACUGCUCCUCCAAAACGACCUGCAACCGGCGUUCUUGGCUUUGAAGAAGCAAAAAAAUUAGCUGCAGAAAGGGCUAGAAAAAUGAUGGAAGAAGCGGCAAAGUCAAAGAUGUUAGAAGGACCGAUCACUGUCAUUCCACCGUCAAGUCGACCCCCAAAGCCUGGAAAAAAGGCCGAACAAAUGAAAAGCAAGAUGAGCAAUUUGGAAAUGUUCAAGCUGGAACUUCAAGCACAACAACAGGAACGCGAUAAGCGAAAAGAUUUGAGAGAGCAUUUGGUGAAGAAUGUUGGUCUUGAUCUAACAGAAGUCGAUCGAAUAGCUCCACUGGUGGAAAAUCCAUACAUGCGGCCAGUAGGAGAAUUUGAUUUGGACACAGAAACGUCAAAUUUAUAUGUUUGCAAUUUGCCAUUGGAUAUUACGAUAGACGAAUUAGUCGAUAUAUUCGGAUCGUACGGACCUUUGGCGUCAGCCCGCGUUCUUUACCCCAGAAAUGAAGCUGAGAAGCUAAGAGGACAUUUAUGUGGCUUUGUCGGUUUCAUGUCACGCAUUGAUGCAGAACGUGCGAUGAGUGGCCUAAUGGGUCUCACGAUUCGCGGUGAUAUCAUCAAAUAUAGCUUUGCAAAACCGGUGCCAAUUCCGCCUCAGCCUUUCUAUGUGCCGCCACCACUGCAACAAUACAUGUUUCCCGAUCCACCGACAGGACUUCCAUUCAACGCUAAACCACGUGAAACGGAUAUGAAAGAGUACUUGGCCGAGUUCAAGACGUUGGCCGAAGUUGGUACUCUGCCGACAGACGAAAAGGCGAAGACGAAAUUCCGCAAGAUGUUGAAGAAUGCUGUCGUACGAGUAUUGAUUCCAACCGAUAGUACGAUCAUCUCUGUGAUUCAUCGAACGAUCGAGUUUGUGAUUCGGCACGGGGCUAUGUUCGAGAAAUUGUUGCUUGAUAAUGAAGGACACAAUGAAAUCUAUCAAUUUUUGUGGAACUUUCACCAUCCAGCCCACGUAUAUUAUCGAUGGAAGCUGUACUCAAUUUUGCAAGGAGAUGAGCCAUACAAGUGGAGAACUCAACGGUUCAGAAUGUAUGAAGAUGGCUCAUGGUGGGAACCUCCACAAAAGCCGGGAACGGAAUUUAGCUGUAUGCCGAGAAGUCUUUAUCACACUGCAUUUAGUAUUCCGAAAAUCGAGAAACCUGAAAUGCCUGUUAUAAAAGCCGAAGAUAUUGCUACGUCAAGGAAAAGAAAACGCAUUGAAGAGAAACGCAAGAAAGAGCUUCGACGUAAAACACGACUUCGGAGCAAAGAUCGUGAUCGUCUUGAAGAUAUUCUGCGAAAUUUGACGCCAGAGAAGCAGAAUAUUGCUAAAGCAAUGAUUUGGUGCAUCGAUCAUGCUGUUGCUGCGAAAGAAAUUGUCGACUGUGUCGUUGAAGCGUUGUCGAUUGAUGAGACUCCUUUACACAAAAAGAUUGCUCGACUUUAUCUCGUAUCUGACAUUUUGGCCAAUUCUGCUGUUCAAGUUGGACAAGUCUUCUAUUACCGCCAUUAUUUUGAGGAAGCGUUUACUAAAAUCUUUGUGGCAAUGGGCCGUGUGCUUAGCGCCAUCGGCGCAAGACUUAAAGCCGAACAAUACAAGCAGAGAGUGAUGGCUUGUUUUCAAGCAUGGGAACAGACACAGGUUUUCUCAACGACGAUGCUUAUUCACAAUCAAAAUAUUUUCCUGGGACUAAUUGAGGCACCAGAAGAAAAGAGCUCAUCGGCAAGCUCCUCUUCUGAUUCGGAUUCGGAUAAAGAACCAGUAAAGAAAAUUAAACAAGAAAUUGUCGAGGAGGAAAACGAAGAAGAUUUGGAUGGUACACCGUUGGAUCAAGUGCCACAAAGUGCUACCUCGUUUGAAACAAUUGAAGAGGAGCCAGAGAAAAAGCCACAAGGAGGGUUCAAGAAAGGAGGCUGGGCUGAGGUAGAACCGACUACCGAGCCAUCAAUACUUUCCAAGUGGGAUUAUGAGGAAGAUGAUCGGGCAGGACUUUCAAAGUGGGAAGCUGUAAGUGUUCGGCAGAGGAACGAGAAGCCUGUGGAUCCAAAAUCAACAGCGAGUCAUUCAAGUGAAGCUAUGCCCGCCUCUACGUCUCAACCAUCAGGGCAAGGAUCAAAAUGGGAUGAGCCAGAAGAUGAUGGAAUCUAUUCUCCGGGUGAAAUUGCGAGUCCCGAAAAUGAGAAAAAUGGUGAGCAAAAGCCUGAAUCGCAAGUAGUUUUGGAGAAACUAACCGCCGAAUUGAAGGGUAAAGUCGAUGCGCUAAGAAGACAACUGAUUGAAGACCAAGAUCCGGAUUGUGAACUGAUCGUUAAACGUUUCGCAAGCGAACAAAAUGAGAAAAUACAGAAGGCUGUCCUGGAAAUUGAGGCUCGUGAGACCAAAUCACGUAAAAAGGACAGAAAAGAGACCAAAAAAGAUCGUGAAAAGGAUUCUCGAUCAUCAAAGACUGUGAACAAUGAUCGAGACAAGGAACGCGAAAGAGAGAGAGACCGAGAUCGUGAAAGAGAGAAGGAUAGGGAUAGAAAGAGAUCUCGUUCAAGAAACCGAAGUAGAAGCAGAGAUCGGGACAAUAGGCGAAGUGAUAGAGACCGAGACCGGGAUCGUGGCAGGGACCGUCGUCGGAGCCGAAGCCGGAGUCGAAGUGCCGGCAGGGACCGUCGCCGUAGCCCGGAUCGUCGACGUCGA